AUGAUCAGAAAAUCGCAGUUGCUCUUCACGAACCUGGCCAUAUUGGUCAUGAGUGUUUCUGGUGACGUCGUUGGCCAUCAAACCGUUUGCAAUGGAGUUCCGGACGGGUACUUCGUCAGAGACACAACCGAUUGCCAGGGCUACUACUACUGCCGGAACGGGAUUGGAACGUACAACAGAUGUCCUGGGGAUUACUACUACAAUGAGCUGAGCCAGAUGUGUGACUUCCCGGACCGGGUAAUGUGUCACAUUUGCCUACAGCAGACGGGGGUGCAGAUUCUACCUCAUCCGCAAAACUGCAACCAGUUCAUAACAUGCGCCGAGGGUAAAUCCUACCUCGGUGAAUGCAUCGAAGGGCACGCGUUUGAUCGGUGGAUGAUGGUUUGCAAUCCGGUAGCGCGCGUUAACUGCGGCAACAAUCGCUGUCCUGUGGAGGAUGAUCCGACUGUGGUCGUAUAUCUGCCGGGGCUAAAUCGAUGUGAUGAGUAUUUUAUUUGUCGUGCAGGAUCACCCAUUCAACGGUUUUGCGCACCGGGGUUGUAUUGGGAUGCAAUGAACGAGAGGUGUGACCUUUCUGAACACGUCAAUUGUGCCCUACCCUGA